AUGGUAAAAGCAAUUCUCCAAAUCACACCUGGACGACCUUGCUUAUCAACGCUACUCACAACAGAAAGUUACUCAACUUACACAGUCACGGUGUUGGCAUUCACUGUAAAAGAUGGCGUCCCAACUUUGGCAGCAAAUUUUACCACAGCACAAGAUGUACCAGAUCAUCCGCCAACAAACGUGACCGCGUUCAAUACCAGUUCCACGAGUAUUAACGUCACCUGGCAGCCCAUCCCUCCAGAUCAUACGCAUGGGAUUAUCCUGACGUAUCAAGUUAAAUACUGGAGACGUGAUAAACCAAAUGAUAACGUUUCCAAUGUCACAGUAAACAGUACAGAACUACAAGUGAAACUGAAAGGAUUGGGAAAGUACAAAGAAUAUUCAAUUCAAGUCGCUGGAUCAACGGUGGUUGGUUUGGGGAAUUACUCGGAAGCUGUUUUUGUGCGAACUGAACAAGACGUCCCAGAUGAGCCGCCAGUCAACAUCAGAGCAAAAGGAAUAGAACCCACUUCAUUAAAAGUCCAUUGGUCUCCUGUGCCUUACGAAACCGUUAAUGGAAUUGGCAUCGGUUACAAGCUCAUCCUUAUCCACAUAAAUGGAACCAUUCUAAGAAAUUUCACAUUAAAUACCUCAGCCCUCACGAUAGACAUCACCGAUUUAGAAAUAUGGACGAAUUACACCAUAAAGAUGACAGCUUUCACUGUCAUGGGAGAUGGCCCUUGGAGUGAUUUUAUAAAAGAAGAUACAGAUGAAGAAGCUCCAUUCAAACCUCCAGCUAAUUUGACAGGAGAAGCAAAAAGUUCGACAUCAAUCUUUGUUCAGUGGAGUUCACUUGUUCUACCAAAUCUUCGGGGUAUUCUCCGAGGUUACACGGUUUAUUACAAAGAAGCGCCAAGCUCUGUUCAUCCAAGUGUGUUAAAAAACGUGUCAGUUGACAUAUCUGUGACUGAAGUUGAGCUAACCGGCUUAUACAAGUUUACUAAGUAUCAAAUUUGGGCAACAGCGUUUACGACCAGAGACGGGUUGCCGAGUAACUCUUUAUUUGUAACAACACAAGAGGACACUCCGGACCGACCUCCUCUAUACAUCACAUACUCGGCUCCAAGCUCCACCAGUCUCUUUGUUGAAUGGGGUGCAAUCCCUCCGCAGUUUGAAAAUGGCAUCAUAAGGGGGUUCAAAAUUCAAUUCCAUGAGAUUCCAUUCAAUGGCACAGUGGAAGAGAGGGAAGGCCAACCACUUCUCCGCUGGAUGAUUCUUGAUAAUUUAAAGAAAUUUACUUUCUACUCUAUUCAAGUUCGUGCCUUCACAACUGAGGGAUAUGGACCUGAAAACAGUCUUAAAGCACGAACGGGUCAAGACGUCCCUAGUAAACCUCCACAGAGUAUAACUACUGAAAGUCAUGUAACAUUGACAACCAUUCCAGUUGCCUGGAAACCAAUCGUUCCAGAUCAUAUCAAUGGCAUAUUGCUUGGUUACAAGAUUAGGUACCAGGCCGUUGAGAUUGGCGAGGAGUCAGUUGAAGACAAACCUAUCAGGGAGCAGAUAGUGAAUUCCUCUACUUUGUCUCUGGUGCUGACAAAUCUUGAGAUUUUUAUCUUGUACCGGAUUGAUGUUGUGGGAUUUACGAUCAUGGGCGACGGCCCGCCGGCCACGGAUUACGCAGGUUUGUCACGUUCUCGACGAAAUGGUGAUAAUAUGUGA